UAGUUUGUCCCCGAGUACCAACACUACUCUUUUUAUAAACCCAAAGCUAUUGUCCUGCCGCCGUCAAGAGCAAAACCCUCAGUUCAUCAACAAUGUCGCAGUCAUUGGAGCUUUUGCUUAUUCAGUUCUUGAUGCCCGACAAUGAUGCACGGCGGCAAGCGGAGGACCAAAUUAAGAGGCUGGCUAAGGAUCCACAGGUGGUUCCGGCACUCGUUCACCACCUACGAACGGCGAAGACGCCCAAUGUCCGACAGCUUGCCGCCGUUCUCCUCCGCAAGAAGAUCACUGGUCACUGGGCUAAACUCUCCCCUCAGCUUCGCCAGCUUGUCAAACAAUCUCUUAUUGAAAGCAUCACUAUGGAGCACAGUCCACCUGUGAGGAGAGCUAGUGCAAACGUGGUGAGUAUCAUUGCAAAGUAUGCCAUUCCUGGUGGAGAAUGGCCAGAUUUGCUUCCAUUUUUGUUCCAGUGCAGCCAGAGUGCGCAAGAAGAUCAUAGAGAGGUGGCAUUGAUAUUGUUCAGCUCCUUAACAGAGACAAUUGGUGAUUCUUUUCGACCAUAUUUUGCUGAUUUACAAGCACUUCUACUCAAGUGCCUACAAGAUGAGACUAGUAAUAAUGUUAGAGUGGCUGCCCUCAAGGCUGUUGGCUCUUUCAUUGAGUUCACUCAUGAUGCAUCUGAAGUGAUUAAAUUUCGUGAAUUUAUCCCAAGCAUAUUAAAUGUUUCAAGACAAUGCCUUGCAUCUGGUGAUGAAGAUGUUGCAAUAAUUGCUUUUGAGAUAUUUGAUGAACUGAUUGAAUCUCCAGCACCUCUUCUUGGUGACUCAGUCAAAGCCAUAGUCCAAUUCUCUCUUGAAGUUUGCUCAAGUCCAAAUUUGGACUCCAGCACACGACAUCAGGCUAUUCAAAUCAUUUCAUGGCUUGCAAAGUUCAAAUCCAGUUCCCUCAAGAAACACAAGUUAAUCGCUCCAAUCCUUCAAAUCAUGUGCCCACUGCUUACAGAGUCCACCAAUAGGGAAGAAGACGAUGAUGACCUGGCGCCAGAUCGUGCUGCUGCAGAAGUUCUUGACACCUUGUCAUUAAAGUUACCAAAACAUGUUUUCCCAGGCGUCUUUGAAUUUGCUACUUUAAGCAGUCAAAGUGUUGACCCGAAGUUUCGUGAAGCUUCAGUGACAGUUUUGGGUGUUGUUUCAGAGGGGUGUUUGGAGUUAAUGAAAGAGAAACUUGGACCAAUUUUGCAAAUUGUGUUAGGGGCUUUAAGAGACCCUGAACAGGUUGUAAGAGGAGCUUCCUCUUUUGCAUUAGGUCAAUUUGCAGAGUACUUGCAGCCUGAGAUUAUUUCACAUUAUGAAAGUGUUCUUCCUUGCAUUCUAAAUGCCUUAGAAGAUUCUUCUGAUGAAGUCAAGGAGAAAUCAUACUACGCAUUAGCUGCGUUUUGUGAGAACAUGGGUGAAGAAAUUCUUCCAUUUCUUGAUUCUUUAAUGGGAAAACUAUUUGCUGCAUUGCAAACCAGUCAGCGAAUGUUACAGGAAACAUGCAUGUCUGCAAUUGGUUCAGUUGCAUCUGCUUCAGAGCAAGCAUUUCUUCCAUAUGCUGAACGAGUUUUGGAACUCAUGAAAUCUUUCAUGGUGCUUACAAAUGAUGAAGAUCUUCGUUCAAGGGCAAGAGCUACAGAGCUUGUAGGAAUAGUUGCCAUGGUUGUGGGAAGGGCAAGAAUGGAACCGAUUUUACCUCCUUUCAUUGAAGCCGCAAUUACCGGAUAUGGGCUGGAAUAUAGUGAACUUCGUGAGUAUACUCAUGGAUUCUUCAGCAAUGUAGCAGAAAUCUUGGAGGAUGGAAUGAUUCAGUAUCUUCCACAUGUUGUCCCUCUGGCGUUUUCUUCAUGCAAUCUUGAUGAUGGAUCUGCUGUUGAUAUUGAUGAUUCUGAUGAAGAUGAAAAUGUGAAUGGAUUUGGUGGAGUUUCAUCUGAUGAUGAAACUCAUGAUGAACCAAGAGUGAGAAAUAUCAGUAUAAGAACUGGUGUUUUAGAUGAAAAGGCUGCUGCAACUCAAGCUCUUGGUUUAUUUGCCUUACAUACAAAGAGUGCUUAUGCCCCAUAUUUGGAAGAAUCAUUGAGGAUUCUGGUGAAGCAUUCUAGUUAUUUUCAUGAAGAUGUUCGACUUCAAGCCAUCACUGGCUUAAAACAUAUUCUGACAGCUGCACAUGCAGUCUUCCAAGGUCAUAGUGAUGGAGCAUCAAAGGCAAAAGAAAUUCUUGAUACAGUGAUGACUAUUUAUAUAAAAACAAUGAAUGAAGAUGAUGACAAGGAAGUUGUUGCUCAAGCUUGCAUGAGUGUAGCAGACAUGAUCAAGGAUUUUGGAUAUGUUACUGUCGAACCAUAUAUGCCUCAGCUUGUAGAGUCAACUCUGGUCUUGCUUAAACAGGAAUCAGUUUGUCAACAAAUAGAAUCAGAUAGUGAUGUUGAUGAUGAUGAUACUAGCCAUGAUGAAGUGCUUAUGGAUGCUGUUUCAGAUCUUCUUCCUGCAUUUGCUAAAGCCAUGGGGUCCCACUUUGCACCGAUCUUUUCCACUCUUUUUGAGCCUUUAAUGAAAUUCGCUAAAGGAUCACGACCAUCACAAGAUCGGACAAUGGUGGUUGCAUGCCUUGCUGAAGUUGCUCAGGAUAUGGGUGCUCCAAUUGCUGCCUAUGUUGAUACCAUAAUGCCCUUGGUACUUAAAGAAUUAGGUUCAUCAGAUGCAACUAAUAGGAGAAACGCUGCAUUCUGUGUUGGGGAGUUGUGCAAAAAUGGUGGUGUCGCCAGUCUCAAAUACUUUGGUGAUGUGUUAAGAGGCCUUUAUCCAUUAUUUGGAGAAUCAGAGCCAGAUGAUGCAGUAAGAGACAAUGCUGCUGGAGCUGUUGCAAGAAUGAUUAUGGCACAUCAGGAUUCCAUUCCCUUAAACCAGGUGCUACCUGUUUUUGUCAAGGUUCUUCCUUUAAAAGAAGACCAUGAAGAAUCCAUGCCUGUUUACAACUGCAUUUGCAGCCUUGUUUUAACAUCAAACCCACAGAUUGCUCCUUUAGUUCCGGAUCUGGUUAAUGUUUUUGCACAAGUGGCUUUAUCUCCAGUUGAAACUCCAGAAGUCAAAGCUCAAAUAGGAAGGGCUUUUGCUCAUUUAUUAUCAAUAUAUGGUCAACAAAUGCAGCCUCUGUUGAGUAAUCUUUCACCUACACAUGCCAAUGCUUUGGCUGCCAUUGCACCAAAGAGUUGACCCAAGAGUUGACCGUAAUUAAGUGCAAGUUCAUGUCCAAUUUGGCAUCUUGUGGAGUAUUCUUCUUUUUUUUUUUUGAAAGUUUUCAGCUUGCUAGAAAGACCAUCAUUUUUCACUCAGGUUUUUGGUUUGACUUGGUCAACCAGAACGUCUCCAGUUUUCCCUAAUGGAGGUGCAUGGUUUUCUUGUUCCAGUUUUGAUGUGUGGUAUUAUUUAUUAUUUUUCUGUUCUGUUGAUUUAUUUAUAAAGCUUUUACAUAUGGUUGGUUGUGUUGAUAUAGUGAGGAUACAAUUCUGGUUCAUCUCAUUGGAGAGAUGUGUAUUUAAGUGAUGGGUUUUAGGGUUUGAUUUAUUUAAUAUAAAGUGUGAUGAAAGGUUUGGUCAA